AUGAUGGUUCUCCGUCGUCGUCCCUCAGCUAUCGAUAUGGCACUCAGUGAGGAGCGGUCUCGAUGUGAUGGGAAUGCGAUUGAAAGACAAGGUCUCGAUAUGAUGGAGCCAAGGCCUGUGGAUAUGAAUAUGAAUGUGAAUAUGAAUGUUCAUAUCGCCCCUACAUCUACCUCUAUGAGUACGGAUGGGGAUUCUAUUCGGAAUUCCUCGACGGGUACUCGGUCUAGGGUGGGACGUGGAAGUGGCAGUGCGAAUGGGGAUUCGAGUUCGAAUAGAGGGAGUGUUCAUAUGGCUUCGCCGAAUCAGCCGCGAUUUGUUAUGGGAGGUAUUUUUGAGGUUAUGGAAGGGAGGGCUUAA